UGCUGUUAUGUAAAAUGCACUGUAAAACAACAUGCCUGUUUGCGCUGGAAAGAAUCUGACGGACGGUUUUGGUCCCUGAAACGAACUUAGCGCUGCGACGUGUCUCUCAGGACAAGAGAAGUUGUCGAGGCAGCUGCCUGCCUCUCGGUACUGGCGGCGCGUGAGCAAGCGAGAGUCCCAGACCACACGAUUCUCAGGCUAUGUGCGCAAUUGAGGGAUGUUCGUUCUGUUACUCGCGAAGCUCGUGUAAUAAUGUCUACCUGUAUGUAACACACGACCUGGUCAACUGACUAACAGCGCAGUGAGGUCUGGUUCCUGUUUGUUGCACACGAACAGCCUCCCAUCCGAAGUAUGGAGGCGUGUUAGGAGUUGUUUUCCUCGCACGUUGAUUAUUUCGGGGCAUCCUCGGAUCGACAGACAGGCGAAGGCAGCCUCGCGGUGGACAUCAGACAUUAACGAAGACAAGUCGGCGUAUUUUAGAUCGAAAACGGCUUUAACUGGUCACAUCUGGCGCAAUAUGAGAGUUAAACCUUGAAAAGAGCAAUACAUUCCAGCAUCGAGAGGAUAAGCUUGCUUGCAUCGGCUUGCAGAUCAAGCGACAACGGAUUGCUUGGAAGUCGGCUCUGCGUAGGAGAAUGCGAUGACCCACGCCAGACAGAAGGGGUCCCUGAGCCGCUGCCACAGUUUGGGGCGAGACCAGACCAGAGGGUGGCCCCGGGGUGAGGCCAUGGGCCGGGCCUGGCCCGAGCGCUUCCUGAAAGAGGCGGGGCCUAAGAAGGGUGUGGGCGUGGCCAAGAAUGGCCAAUCAAAGGAGGCGAAAGAGGCGAAGGGGGAGGCGGACAGGAAGCACUACCCUCUGAGAGGACGCGGAGGCCCUCUGGAGGACGAGGCGCUCAGCACCGCGGGGCCAAUCACGGAGCCGCCAAUCACGGAGCCGCCGGCUCGGGCCGCCGAGAAGCGCGGGAGACACCAGAGCGGCCGCACGCGCCGGGGGAAGUCCGCAUCGCAGAGCUCACACAGCCAGCCCUCAGCCGGCACACGCACAGGAGGCCAGGCGUCGUCUAGAACCACAACAGGCCAGGCGUCGUCUAGAACCACCACCACAACAGGAGGCCAGGCGUCUAGAACCACAACAGGAGGCCAGGCGUCGUCUAGAACCACCACCACAACAGGAGGCCAGGCGUCGUCUAGAACCACAACAGGAGGCCAGGCGUCGUCUAGAACCACAACAGGAGGCCAGGCAUCGUCUAGAACCACCACCACAACAGGAGGCCAGGCGUCGUCUAGAACCACAACAGGAGGCCAGGCGUCGUCUAGAACCACCACCACAACAGAAGUGCACUACUCGGGGGCGCCCCCGGUGCUCCAGCCCCGCAAGCGCAGGCUGGCGUCCCUCAACGCCGAGGCCGUCAACAGCCUGCUGCUGGAGAAGGCCGAGGGGUCCCCCGCCACCAAAGCCGCCAAGAGGAGCCCAGCGGAGGGCCCCGCGCCUGGAGGACGACGUAGCCCCCCUACACAACGCGCUGCUCAGGACUCCGCCUCUGGAAAGCCUCAAACGUGCCAAAGUCCAAAACAACAACAACAACAACGACCGAAGAAGCCCAAGCCAACAGAGAAGGAGGAGAUCGACUACUGUAAAAUCUUUGCUCCCACUCCCAGGCGCCUGGCGGGGCUCAACGCUGCCGCCUUGCUGAAGCUAACCAGCUCGUCCGCCGCUAGCAAGCAGCGCGCGAAGACGGACAGCAAGAGCGCGAGCGCCCCGGCGGGCAAGAAGGCGGCCGCUAGCACAAAGACGCUCGCGCCGCCAGCGCCGUUAGCGCCGCUAGCCAGGAAGCAGCUGAAGCCUGCUGCGCGGAGAACGCCUCAGGCUCUGUCGCCGGCGGCUGGCUGCUUCUCCUGCAAGAAGGGAGGCUUCGAGGCCAGCCCGCGCUGGGAGAGCGCCGUGGAGGACCCCCACCUGGCCAAAGUGGGGUACCAGGCGGGUAGCGUGGGGGAGUACGGGCUGAGGCAGGUGAAGGAGGAGCAGGUGGAGGCGGAGCUGAGCCCCUACUGCUGCUGUGGCCCCCCCGACGCCUCGCUGGACUACUGCUGCCACCGCCUGGGCCUUUUCCUCAGGCAGCAGCCGGCCUACCCCGAGGCCGAGGAAGGACCCUUCGCGCCGGUCAAACAGGAAUGUCUGGUGCCGCAGCCGCCCUCGUUAGCGCACCCGUCGCUAGCGCUAAGCGCCCACCACCCCUGCCUCUGUGCGGACCACUGCUUCUCCAGCUACUACGUCCACAUGGCCCACCCGCGGGCGCCGCCAUUAGCAGCCUUGGGGUCGCGACCUUUGACCUAUGGCUCCCCUGCUCUCUGCCCCGGGCCCGUGUCCGGCUCUAAGCUGCUGGCGCCCGGCAUCGGGCACUCCUCAGGGAUCCCUCACGCGCCAUUCUGCCCCUCUGUGAGGUCGCCGUGCUACGCCGAAGCCUGCAGGGUCUCCCCGUACACCUACAGAGCACUGCAGCCCGUGGCCACCAGGGGGUGCUCCUUCAGCACAGGCUGCUCAAGGUGUAGACAGGAAAUCAAAACAGAAGGCUACUCCUCCCCCCGCCGGGAGCACAGUCCCUCUCUACUGCAGGUGCCCCCUGCGGUGCCCCUCUCUGGCUGCCCGUUGCCCCAGGUCACCCCCCCGAGCGCCCCCGUGCCCCACCUGCGGUCGCCGCUGUCCGAGCGGAGGCUGGGCGAGCCGGGCGUGGGGUCGGUGCGCCAGUGCCCCCAGGGCAGCAAGCCGUCCAACGGGUCGCUGUCCAUCCGGCGCGCCAGGCUGUCCCUGAAGCCGGUGCCCGCGGCCGAGCCCGGCGCCAAGCACAAGAAGGUGGUCCGCCGCCGCGCCACCAACGGCUGGCGACCCCUCGGAGUGCCCGUGGAGAAGGAGGUCUUUGUGGUGGGUGAGGACGAGCCUGCCCUGCGGCAGUGUUUUGAGGGUGUCCAGCGUGACGGGGAGGAGAUCCGGGUGCGAGACACCGUGCUGUUGCGCUCCGGGCCCAGGAAGAAGUCCCUUCCCUACGUCGCCAAGAUCUCCGCUCUCUGGGAGGACCCCAAAACAGGCGAGGUGAUGAUGAGCCUGUUCUGGUACUACCGGCCUGAACACACCCAGGGAGGCAAAGAUCCCAGCAUGCACUGUGAGAAUGAGAUAUUUGCUUCCAAACAUCAAGAUGUCAACAGUGUGGCCUGCAUCGAAGACAAAUGCUACGUCCUGCCCCUUGCCCAGUACUGUAGAUAUUGUGCCUUGAUAAAGCGGCGAACGGAGGGCGUGUCCAAGGGCCCCCCACUGGUGCCUUGCCCCGCCGACCCCCCGACCCCGACCCCCCUGACCCCCCCCCUGACCCCGAACCCCCCUCACCGCCGAGUGCCCCCCGACGUCGACCCCGACCUGGUGUACCUGUGCCGUCACGUCUACGACUUUCGCUACGGACGCAUCCUCAAGAACCUGCAGUAAGAGGCGUGGCCUCUGCAUCUGUGUGUGUGCACUCACACACACACACACACACACACACACACACACUCAAAAACACACACACACACGCACGCACGCACACACGCACACACACGCACACUCACACACAAAAUACACACACACACACUGAGUCGCCUACAGGGGGCGUUGUUCCCCACACAUGCACACCCCUGCCUUUUAGUGUAGGCGAUGUCCUUGAGAUGACCUUGAGAGAUGCACUGGAAUUAUGGCAACUGGGCACGGAAGGUUGGGGAUGUAGCUCCAUUCUAUGUCCUUGACGUGUGUAAUGACACGAAUAUUCGAUGAUUUCAGUAACCGGUGUUCCCCAGAAGCCACAGCAGGCUUGUUCGGGGCUGCUGGCUUUAGCAGAGAGGAUGCUGUUGCUAUGCUACUGACACCACACCAAAACCCUACAGGCUCUAAUAGGGAACACUGCUGUAACGCUACUAGCACCUGCUGCCAGCAGACUCUGGUACCCGUCCCGCCUGGGCUUGGCUCGUGCCCUUGUCUGCCGACCUCUCUUUUUCUAUCAAAAGGUCAAACGAGGGACAUUCACGUCCCCGAAGUCCCAAGCCCCUGAAGAGCGUCCUGACGGGAGCUGGUCCUGGAUCAGCACGGGGGCGGAUCAGAGCCGGGCCCGGGCCACGUGGGUAACAGAGUGUACUGCUGACGGGGUUCCACGUGCCCGCCCUCACACCUACCCCUUUGCCCCGCUCCUAAACUUGCCUUAUUGCGGUAGGCAGCUAGUGCUCCUCCUAGCCUCCCGUGCGCCACAACGCUACUCCUUCAGCAAGACAAAGGACAGUUGGCAUCAGUCCAAUUCUGCAUCCUGCUGUCAUGUAUCGAUCCCAUCACCCCCACACACCUGAAUCAAUCAAAGAUGUCGUUAGACAAAGCCUGCUACAUCUGAUCAUUUGGAAUUUGCAAUGAAGGCGUGAAUAUCGUUUGGAAUUGCCAGUUACCACAUCAUACCCCGAAGAGCCAGCAGAAUUUGGCGUGAAUCUGGAUUGAAUCUGAAGUGGAUCUGGAUGUGUUAAUUUUAGACUCAACCAUGGUUUUUGAUUCUGUGAUGGCAUUUUUUUUUUUUUUUUGUAAAUUCUACAACCUUUAAAAUAUGGUUACUAAAUACAUUUAUUCCCAAUUAAGUUAAGUCACUUGUAGAUGUGACAUAAAAAUAUAGUGAUAUUUUAUGAGAUCUUUAUUGCUAAUGCUAUCCUUAUAAAUUAUUUGCAUUUGUAUGUAUUUACAUUCUAAGUUCAUUUAUGUAUUUAUUUAUUUGUUUAUAUCACCCACUCGAGUGAGAUGUGUAUCUGAUCCCUGCGGCAUCUUUUAGUGAGCGGAGAGACGGAUUCUAAAUGUGACUGCUGCUUUAGUGAGCAGAGCCCAGAGGCGGCCCAGAGGCGGCCCAAGCCAUUCCUCCCCAUGUCCAGACAGACUUCAGAUGGAGUCAUUUGACACAGGACUACCCUUUCCUCUUCUCUUCCUCUCCGUCUCUGCCCAGUGAAGUUGCACUAAUUCAGCCCAUAGUGGGUGAAGCUGGCGCUGUUUCCUGGGCGCCGUACUGUAUUUCAGGGCUGGGAAGGAGGCGUGAGAUCAGUGCCCUGUAGAUGGUGAAGGAGGCGUGAGAUCAGUGCCCUGUAGAUGGUGAAGGAGGCGUGAGAUCAGUGCCCUGUAGAUGGUGAAGGAGGCGUGAGAUCAGUGCCCUUGAGAUGGUGAUGAUGCGUCACAUUCCAACUGCCGCUGUAAGAGACUCUAUUCUAUUCUACUCUGUUCUAUUCUGUCUUGCAGAAAAUCCAGUGACUAGUUAGCGGAUCAGUACUGUCAAAUACAUUCAAAUUGUUUUUGUUCGUUUUUUUUUGGGGACCAUAACAAAACAAUAAGCGUUCCCAAGACUGGAUUUUUUCUUUGUUUUGUCCAUCUUUCUGUAUGAAAUAUUAUUUCAACUCGUAUGACGUUUGAUCACACAUCUGAGCCCUGACCUUGUCCCGACCCUGACCUUGUCCCGACCCUGACACUUGACCUGUUGCAUUUGUUCUGCUUCAGUGCUCGUGUUUCCAUUUUGUUCCUGCGCUAGUUUCUCCGACAGGAAGAUACGCCAUCUAGAACGUGUAUGGCUUCCUGUUCAGGAUGAUAAUGAUUCUACGUUAUCCUGGCAGGAGCGGCCUGGAAGAAAAUAGUAUGAAACGUUUUCUUUGAAUUUCUCUUAAGCACCUUUUAAGAGGGUUCUCCGAUGAGAACAAGCUGAUUUGACAUCAAGGCUUAGAACCUGGUCCUUUGUUUCACACAUGCCCCUGCUCAUGGAACUCCCUCUGCUCCGAGGGUUCCUGCCACUACAUAUGCAAGGGCACGGGGCUGUUAAACUUCCAUUUAAGCAGUUUCAGCCAUGUUGAAAUGACAGCCAAUAUUCUGGAGCACAUAUCCUUCGUAAAGAGAUAUCUACAAUCGGUUUACUGCUUCUCUAAACAAGCAAAUGCAAAACUAAUUCAAAGACAAAUAUUUUACUAUGUCUAUUUCCUUGUAUAUUUUUCAAUGGAGUAUUUUUGGAAAAGAAAAUCUUUAUUCCGACGGAUGAUUCUAACAUUGCUGAUUUCUGAUGAGAUAUUCCAUUAUUGAUGCAUUUAAGAUGGAGAGGUAAAAUGCCCAAGCCUGACCCAAAGCUGAAAAAGUAUUGAGCCAUCAGUUGAAAUAUUUCUAAGGGGAUGUACAUAUUUUCUUUCUUUAAUAAGUGAAAAGUAGUCUUUUGUAGAUACUACUCAGUGCAUUUGUAUUAAGAAUUUAAAAAAUCAGAUUGUAAUGAAACUUCUUUAACAAAAAUGUGUACAUUUUUUAAUUGAUUAGAUUUUGUUUUCUUUAAGUUGCAAUAUUGUGGUCAGUGACAGUGACUGCUGUAUUACAAGAGAUAGUUAUUUAAAAAAUAUUAUUUAAAAAAAAAAAUGUUUAUUGAAAAGAUGAGUGUACGUUAAUAUUUGUGUGACAAUGCAAGUUAGCAUCACUGGUGAGGACCAAAGCACAUUCUUCUCAACCACCUGAGAGGACUCCCACCAGAACUGGGGCGGCCAUUUUGAGUCGCUUCGCUCCCAAUGACCACAAAUGUGGGAAGCGAGUUAAAACACACGCACACACACACACACACACAUACACAUAUACACACGCACACAUACACAUAUACACGCACACGCACACACACACCACUGUUUCAGGGAUCGCACUUUCUCUGAAACGCAGAGCUCUGAAUGCUCCUGUGUUCCUCAGAGCUGGUGUCUGAGCGAGAACGUUUCACGGUUCCGCUGAGGCGUUCCGUAUGGUCCUCUGGAGCCCCUCCGGGCCUGACUAUCUGAAGAGAGGGGACGGUGAUGGCGCUCUGGUAGUCUGAUGUCCCAGAUGGCCGACUCUCUCUCUGUGGGCCUCAGCGUCUCACGCCAGAGAGCAGCGGACUCGGCCCAGGCGCGGCCUUCUUAUGGGCCCGAUCUGGGCCGCGCGUCCGCUCCUGUCUGUGAGUGUGCUGUAUGAUUCUGUACUGUUCUGUCUUGAUCCUCUGAGCUUUUUCAUGGGUGAGCUCCUCAGCUGUGCUUUUGUUUUAAUUAGCGUAAAAUUAACAUUAACGAUGUGAGUGGGUAAUAUUUCCACACAAAAAAAAAACAAAACAAAACAAAAAAAAACAUGUAUAUCUUGAGGCCAUCACACUGUAUUGAGUGUGGCCCUAACCUGGCAUGUACCCUUAUUCCCCACCAGAGGGAGCUGUUCAGGGGAGAUCCUGAAUGCUUUGAGCAGUGAGCCUCUUACAUGCAGUACUUUUCACAGGGAGACCCUAGUGUGCUCAGCUGUCCUACGAAGGAUCCUUAUAGCCCAGAGGAACUCCCACAGUCAGCUGCUAUCUGUCUGUCUACUUAGCUAUUACAAGCCAUCUAUGUAGACACCCUCCCUUAGUUUAGCGAGAGCAGGGAGUGUGAGAGGGUCGUGACGUCUGCGUUCUCGUUCCCCUGACUGAGAUCUCUAAGAUGUGCCUCCUGGUGGGGCCGGGACACAGCUGUUAGUCGAGCGCUCACUGGCGCUUUUCUCUGAGAGUCCAAGAGCCGUGUGAGUACCAAAUCUCUGCCGUCUUAGAGGAGAACUCUGCGCUACUCUUUGGAUGAUCAUGAUUGUACGUUUUCGCUGGGGACCUAAAUGAUGAUGGAAGGAGGGUGGAGUGAGAUGGGAUGUAGUGGUGGCCAGGCCUCAAGCAUAUGCUGUAGGCCAUUUACUUGCACAUGCAUAUUCCGGCCCUGCUCAAAACUACUCUGGUCGACAUUGUUGUGGUCCCAAGCAAAAGUUUACCCUUGUUAUCAUCCAAAACUAGACCCAGGGUGUCCUUAGACAGGAGUUCUCCUUUAAGACGUGAAUGUCCUGGUAUCCGUCUGGGCGUUCUCCACCCAUAAUCCCUCUUCCUCCUGGCUAGAAAACCCAAAUCCAAGUCCCCGUUGCUUGUAUUCAGGGUAGUUAUAGUAUUUCCCCAAACUAUGGGCUACUUCCUCUGGAACUGAAAGUGUUGAAAUUGACCCCUUUGGUGGUGGUUAGUAAAGAGCAGAAUUGUUUUUCUGAAGCAGCCCAGACAUCCUUGAUUGUCCUCGCCUGAUUAGAUAUGUGGUGGGUACAGGGGAUUUCUCUAGUCUUAGUCCCCAUGGCAGACUGUAGACUUCCUCUCACUCUUAUGACAUCACUUCCUCUAAAAACCAAAAUUCCGAGGAGGGGGGAAAACAAUGAUGUGGAAGUUGUGCAGUGCUCAGAGUGCUUUUUCUGUUCUACCCAAGGCUUAAUGUUGGCAUAUAUCUAUAUUUAUACAUAUUUUGAUAUUUAAGACUGGGGAUGAUUCCUUUUGAAGAGUUAUUUUUAAGUAGAGAGAUGUUUGUACUAGAUCAUUUUGAUUCGCUUUGUCAUGCACUCUUUUUUUUUUGUUUGUUUCUAAGUGUUGUUUUGUUUUUUUAAUGAAGUAAGAAUCCCUGCUGAUCUGUUGUUCAAACUGAAAGCUAUUUAUACGUUGUCUUUUGUGAGUAUAACUUGGCCUCCCGCGGCCUGCUGGCCGCACCUUUUUCGAGCUUCUGCCUUUGAAGGGAAUAAAAUGUACCUUGAUAUGA